AUGGAACGAAUUCCAACCGAAAUUUUCUGCACCAUCUUCGGCCUCUCCAUCACACAAGACCCCCACAGAGAUGACAACAGUGAAGAUAGCGUCGAUGAGACUGAUAUCUCGGAGGGUAGAAUGUGGCCAAGUGUUUUCGAUUUUCGGAAAGGGCCAUGGUCUAUUAGCAGAGUUUGUAGGAAAUGGAGGAUGAUUUGCACAUGCUUGCCUAAGUUAUGGAGUUGCUUCACCUUCUCUGCAAAUGACUUGGAUUUAAAUAGAGAUGGGAAGGCUGCCUUGAACGCGUGGCUCUCUUUCUCAGGAACCUCCAAGCUAUCAAUCCUCAUCGAACCUGAUGGGAUAUGCAAUGUUUCCCAUCGGAUAAAGCUAUUCGAGAUCCUCGCAGGACAUGCAGAACGUUGGGAGAGGAUCGAGCUCGUUAACUCCACCCCCAAUUUUUGGUUCAUGCUGAGUUUCAAGAGCCGACUACAUUCUCUCAAACGUGUCACGUUUCUUUCGGGCUGCACUUCGUUCGAUCCCGACGCAGUCUCUUCUGAUUCCUCACAUUAUCGUGUCUUCCUUGAUGCCCCCCAGUUUCACACUCUAAUCAAUCGCGACGAUUUCCCCCUCUAUAAACUUCCCAUGCCAUGGUCACAGCUCACAGAAUACGAGGGAUCUGCCCGAGCCCAUGUGGCUGACCAUUUUCGUGUUCUACGCCUUACACCAAAUCUGGUGAAGUGUCGACUAGAGAUCGCUGACGCGGAUCAUUCUGAUGAAUCCUCAUUUUCAUCCCCUUUAUUAUUACCCAAACUUCAACGUCUCCAAAUUCAAACGCCUUCUUUCGCAGAGGGUCUUCAACAGCUGUCUAGUUUCAUCCAGCUUAUGAAAUUACCCGCGCUUCAAAUGCUCUCCAUCGUAUCCGAACACCACACACGUGUCUUUCCUCCUUUCCAUGCAUUUGCGGAGGUACUGCGAGGCUCUCCAUGCGAGGUUCGACAGUUAGAACUAGUUCUUGCUUGUCAGCCCGACUUUCAGCCUCGCCUCCAGCCAGAGCACAUCCUUGACCUUCUCAAGGCUACACCUCGUCUUCACCACCUCUGCAUCACGGUUGGUACUACGCAGGGGUCCAGGGUUUUACAGGAUACCAUCUUACCUCGUCUUCUAGUCGGUCGUGGACUCGAAGGGGCUUUGUUACCAAUGUUAAACACAUUAGAGCUCAAAUUCCCGGUGCCCAGUGCUGUUCAUAUGUUGGAUUUGUCUACGUUGGCCGCAGGGAUCCGGUCUCGUUGGGCAUCUAUAGGUUCCGAAGCUAUCCGGAAUCUAGUGAUCACUAUCGAGUUGAGUGAAGGUUGGAUAGGCGACGAUUCAGACAUGGUAUCCUCUGCGUGUUGGCCACCGAUAAUGGAGGUCUUGCAGGAGGAAGGGCUGAAUAUUGUUGUCCAUACGACUCGGAAUACCUGUUUGUUUUAG